CCCGGGUGGAGCUCACACAACGCAGCUGACUGGACCCGAUUUGGAGCUUUCAAAUGAUUUGGACGGGACCUGGACUUUCAUCUGAACUCCUUCCUGUCGGAUUAGUGCAUCUUUAAUUGGUUUGGUUUGAGUUUGAGUUUGAGUUUGAGUUUUGGUUUGAGUUUUGUUGGCACGAGGUGAAAAAGCUUCAUCUCUGCAGUUUGAGAUCUGUGCUUUUUACAUUCACUGCUGUACUGGACUUGUGUUCCCCUGUGAAUGCUGAGGCUUCCAGGUGACCCCCAGAAAAGAGGAGGUGAAGAGGUGACCAUGUGGAUCCCGACACCGAGCAUGACCCUGCUUCAGCGGCUGGUGCUGUAUGGGACGUGCAUUGUGGCGCUGAUGAACUCUGUGGGCCUGCUGGUGCUGCUGGUGCGGCAGAAUCAGCAGGAUGCCAGGCUGGAGCAGACGGAGGCGAGGCUGGUGGAGGUGGAGCAGAGCUCGGUGGUGGAGUUCCUCCAGGAGGUACCCAGGGGAGCGGCCGGGCUGAGGGCGAACCCGGGGCAACAUCCACAGUACCAGUACUCCAGGAACAAGAGGAGCGAGGAGCUGGAGAAGGAGCUGGAGAAGGAGCUGGAGAAGGAGCAUCAGCAGGAGGUUCGGCAGGAGGAGGAACAGGUGCUCGAUACGCAGGAGGUCAGCCAGGAGGUCAGCCAGGAGGUGGGAGAGGAGGCAGAGAAGAAGAUGAAGGAUGAGCUGAAGCACAAGCACCGACACAGCCAGAGUUACCACAAGGCCCAUGUGCAGGACGACAUGAUGAUGAUGAUGACUUACUCCAUGGUGCCGAUCAAAUUGUUGAUCGACAUAUGCAACAGCACCAAAGGCGUCUGUAUAGCCGGACCCCCAGGACCCCCUGGUUUGCCUGGUACAGACGGUUUGCCAGGCCACAAUGGCACUGAUGGCAUGCCAGGACUGAAUGGACAGCCCGGGGCUGAUGGGAAAAGAGGGAAAAAAGGCCCACCAGGUGAGACAGGAGAGCCAGGUGAGAAAGGAGAGCGAGGAGAGUCUGGUCCGCCUGGAGAGCAGGGACAACCGUCCAAUGACGUAAUUAUUGAGGGUCCUCCUGGUCCUCCUGGUCCUCCUGGUCCUCCAGGGUCUCCUGGGCCAGUGGGCCCUGCUGGACCUCCUGGACCUCAAGGGCCAUCCAGGAUAAGGCAUCACAGAGCCCACCUGCAGGCAGCUCACACCCUGGGGCUGUUACACGCAAUUCCAAACGAUGGAGCUUCUGCAGCGAAGGAGGCUGGGAAACGACAGGAGGAACCCCCGAAGAGGAAUGAGUGUCUGAUCAAGUCUCUGAUCAACCCCAGGAACGUGACAAAGAUGGAGACCACCUUCGGCACCUGGAUGAAAGACACGGCUCAGGAGAACGAUGAGCGAAUAUGGGUGGCAGAGCACUUUUCAGGGCGCGUGGUGAAGGAGUACGAGAGCAUCGCCUCCUUCCAGAGCGACACCAGUGAGCCUGUUGAUGUCAGGAAGUUCUACCAGGGCUGCGGCCACACAGUUCACAACGGAUCCUUCUAUUAUCACAUUGCUGGCACUUCCAGCAUCGGCAGAUUUGACCUUCACACCAAGAGGCUUCACACGCUCGCCAUAGACAACGCCUUGCACCACAACCUGGCCUACCUGCUGCUCAACUCCAAGACCUACUUCAAACUGGCGGCGGACGAGAACGGCCUGUGGCUGAUCUUCGCCUCCAGCACGGACGAGAGCAUCAUGGUGGGCCAGCUGGACGAGAAGACCUUCUCCGUCACCACCUACAUCAACACCACCUACCCUCGCACCAAGGCCGGCAACGCCUUCAUCGCCUGCGGGGUCCUGUACGUCACCGACACCAAGGACGCCAGGGUCUCGUUUGCUUUUGACCUGCUGAAGGGGAAGCCGGUCAACAUGACCUUUGACCUGAGGCCUCCGGGCGGAGUGCUGGCGAUGCUCUCGUACAGCCCGAAGGACAGACACCUGUACGUGUGGGACCAGGGCUACGUCAGGCUCUACGUGGUGCACUUCAUCUCGGAUGAGUGAAAAACUGCAACGUGCACGUCAGCCUGUCGACAACCAAGUGUUCACUCCGUCUUUAGAAGCCGCUCAUAUUUAGGUUUUUUGUAAGAGAAGCAACCACAUCAGUCUCAUCUCUGUCCUCCUGUCACAUGUUCAAAAUCUGUUUCACUCAAUGAAAUCAGUUUGAUCGAUAAUCAUUAUGGCACCGUCAACAAAUAAAUACUGUUUACUGUAUUUAUAUCCUAUUUGUAAUGUACAUGUGGGAUUUUGGAGUAAAUAACAGUGUGAAACUUUUUUUUAUCGUUUUGUUUCAAACUGUUCAUACAAAUUUAACUUAUAAUUAACUUGUGCUCGUCCGUGUAGUUAGCUGUUACUCUAUUUAGUGUAUUAGCAUGGCAGUGAUCUUUUAUGUAUUUUUAUACAGAUGAACAUGUUGCACCCCCCUCCCCCCCCCCCCCCGGGACUUCUUCCACUCGGCAGAAAAUUAAAAAGGAAACAAGUGUCAAAUCACCCUGAUGA